UGCGCAUGCGCACAAAUAUAUCGUCUGCGUCAUCAACAUGCGACGCGCAUAAGCAAUAUGGCGAGCGGCAAGAAAAGCGCUCUUCUGUCUUCUUUGGCCGCUUAUGGAGACGAUUCCGAGCAGGAUUCCGACCAGGACACUGACGAACACGAUGCUCAGGGAGGGUUGGUAUCGGCUGGUUACGGGGACGAUGACAUCGUUCAUGCUGAAGAUGGAGAUGAGAGAGAGCUGGGGAACGAAGAGAGCGACGACGACGACGGAAACUCGGAAGUGGACGAUUCAGACUCGGCUGAACUUCACGAUGAUUCAAAGGAUGUAGUGACUGGUGAGAAGAAGGAUCCCAAUGAGUUGGUUGCCCAGUUUUCAGAGAAAGUGAGGAACAUGUCUCCUGAGGAAAUCCGUAUUCCUCCUGAGCCCCCUGGCCGCUGCCCCUCCCACCUACAGGAGAAGAUUCAUAAACUGUAUGAGAGAAAGAUGCAAGGAGUUGAUACCAACAGCCACAUCCAGAAGAAGAAAGAGUUCCGUAACCCCAGUAUUUAUGAGAAGCUGAUCCAGUACUGUGGAAUUGAUGAACUCGGGACGAAUUACCCCAAAGACAUGUUUGAUCCUCACGGCUGGUCUGAAGAUUCCUAUUACGAGUCUCUGGCUAAAGCGCAGAAAAUUGAGAUGGAAAAACUGGAGAAAGCCAAGAAGGAGCGAACAAAGAUUGAGUUUGUCACGGGAAUGAAGAAAGGCACGAGUACAAACUCCUCUGCUGUGACCACCAACACCACCACCACCUCCACAGACGCUCAGAAGAGAAAGAGUAAGUGGGACUCGGCGGUUCCGGUCACUUUGUCCCAGCCGGUUCUGCUCACUACCACUGCCACGCUGCCCGGAGUCGUCUCAGUCACCACCACCGCCAGCGGCACCAAGACCACCGUCAUCUCCGCCGUGGGAACCAUCCUGAAAAAAGCCAAGCAGUGAUCUCUCUCUCUCUCUCACACACACACACACACACACACACACACACACACACACACACACACACACACAGCCAGGUAACCUGGGAAACAGGAAGUGAUUUAUUUUAUUUAACUGGACUGCUUUCUAUUGGAUGAGAAACACUGCUGUGGAGCUCAGAGUUUAUCUUCAUGUUCAUGACUUCUCCCUUCUCCUGGUCUUGUCAGUAUCUCAGAGGUUCUGCUUCUCUCUCUCUCUCUCUCUCUCUCUCUCUCUCUGGAUCUUUUUAUUUUAUUGUAUUAUUUUUAUUGCUUGUUUUUUUUUUCUUUUCAUUUUUGCACAAUGAACAUCUCACUCUGGUCUUGUAGUCAUCAGCAGCAUUCUGUUGUCUCUGUAUGAUGAUGAUGAUGAUGAUGUGGUUGAUGUCAUUUUUUUUCCCAAAUGAUGAAAAUAAAGGUUUUGUAUUGUUGUGUA